AUGUUAGACUUGCACCGGAGCCCAGGGGAGCUUCCAGUUGCUGUUGUCGGACAGCUCACUGGGAUAUCUAGCCUCCUCGUAGUUCUCGGCAAAGUUCACAGGGAGGAAGCGGUACACGGGCAAGUCCAGCCCGUCCAACCACACCAUCGGCCCAUCACCUUCACUGCCGUGGUCAUGCCAGUGCCAAGACGGGGUGAGAAUGACAUCUCCACGCUCCAUCAUCAGCUUCUGCCCCUCCACCGCGGUAAAACCGCGAGAUCCCUCGACGAUGAACCUCAGGGCAAAGGCCACGUGCCUGUGAGCAGGGGCGGUUUCUCCUGGCAAGAUGAGCUGAAGACCGGCGUAGAUGGUGUCGGUGGUGUAGGGUGCCUGCCUGGCAGGGUUUACCAGCAUGAGCACACGACGCUCUGCCUCCUCUGCUGA